AUGAUUGUUCCCAUGUAUAUGGCGGAGGUUUCGAUUCCCGGUAUCCGAGGCACGCUAGUUGUGCUCCAGCAAUUGAACAUCACGAUCGGUAUCUCGAUCAGCUACUGGCUCGAGUAUGGAACUCAUUACAUUGGCGGUGUCCGUUGUGCUCCGGACAUCCCAUACUCUGGUGGAUCUGAGCUGUUGCGGACCUUCGAUCCUUACCGCGAUGUAGGACCCAAUGGAUGCACCGGACAGUCAGCCGCUUCCUGGAGAGUGCCUUUUGCGCUUCAGAUAGUUCCUGGCCUCGUCCUCGGCAUCGGAAUACUGUUCUACCCUGAGUCACCCAGAUGGCAGCUCAAGGCCGGCCAGGACGACAAGGCCAUCGCUGCUUUGUCACGCCUGCGACGCUUACAGCCCCACGACGAAGCUCUCCGGGCGGAAUUCCUCGCGAUAAAGACGGAAGUUCGUUUCGAAGAGAGCUUUGUGAAGGAAAGGCACAGUGGCAAGGCCGGCUUAGGUCUUUCGUUUGCGCUGUACAAGGAUCUUGUCUCAUCAUGGCCCAACUUUCGUCGCCUCUCGAUUGGCUGCCUUGUCAUGUUCUUCCAGCAGUUUAUGGGUUGCAAUGCCAUGAUCUAUUACGAGCCAACCAUCUUCGGCCAGCUCGGCCUAUCUGGCAAUACCACCUCGCUGCUCGCCACCGGCGUCUACGGCAUGGUCAACACUCUAUCAACAUUGCCCGCGCUGUUUCUUAUUAACAAUGUCGGCCGACGUCCGCUUCUUGUAGCGGGAGCUGCUGGGACUUCCAUCUCGCUCGAUAUCGUCAGCGGCAUAAUCUUGUAUAGUAUUAGAUAA